GGCACGUGAUGCGGGGUCACAUGAUCUGGAAGAUGGCUGUGGUGCGGGGCUGUGAGUUUCCUGCACUGCAGCUGCUGCUGAAGGCCCCUUCGAAGGACGUCGUUGGAAAGCUUUGCAGAGAUUCCUUCCCAAGGCCGGCCGUGGCGUCCGAGAAGCUGAUUGAAAACGCGUCGGCCGACCUUUCCGUCACUCCCGAGGAAGCUUCGAAGCUGAUCGGGGCCCUGCACGCUCUCACCCGACACGUGGUGUAUAACGGUCUGACGUCCGCAGAAGACGUCCUGUCCGUGUUCCCGGAGAACUUCCAUCAGAACCUAAAAAACCUGCUAACAAAACUCAUUCUGGAGAACCUACCGGCGUGGAGAACAGAAACCCAGAACUCGAGCAUUUCGCUGCCUCGACUUGUUGAUCUGGACUGGAGGGUGGACAUUAAGACUUCGUCAGAUUCGCUCUCCAGAAUGGCCGUUCCCACCUGCCUGCUACAGAUGAAGAUCCAGGAGGACCCGGAUUUAAGCGAUCCGGCAACUUCUACCCUGACCAUGGAGCUGAGUAAGGAAACCUUAGACACCAUGCUGGACGGGCUCGGCAGGAUAAGGGAUCAGCUGUCGGCCGUCGCCAACAAAUAGAUCGGAGGGUCCCAUCGGGACAAUGGAGAACAGAGAGAAGACCCCGAUGCUUAAGAUUUGUAUCCAACAGGAGGGGAUCGGGUAAACACAGCCAUAGCGACUCGAGAACACGGAACCUCGACUCAACUUCAUGGCAAGAAGCAGAAUGUGUGGGAGAAACGCAGGACGGCUGAGAAUGAUGAGAGUUACAUUUCAACAUUAUACAAGAAGCUGAUCUUUCAUAAAGACAAAUAACUUGUAAAAAUAAAUAAAAUGUUUACAGAUAAA